AUGCUGGGCCAAGAACUUCUCGGAUCGGUCACGCAACAAAAGCAGGCUAGGAGCGCUCGGAUAUCAAGUUGGGAUCACUCCGGCCUCAACGAAGAUGCAUUCGUUGUGCAGCCCGGUGAGACGGCUGUUCUAGCCGAUAUCGAAGGACCUGGCACAAUCACGCACCUCUGGUUCGUUCAAACAUGUCGUCGAAUCUUGGGGCCUGGCCUUGUGCCCUACACCAAAUCCGGCGUUGCGAUGCAGGAAGUCGAGAACGGCCAGGGAGCCAACUACGAGGUCAUGGAUCCAGACUACUAUCGCAAAGUAGUCAUCAGAAUGUAUUGGGACGAUUCAACUACUCCCAAUGUCCUGGCCCCGCUAGGCGACUUCUUCUGUGUCGGCCACUCGAUCGCAGCCAAUUUCCAGUCUCUUCCGUUCACGGCAUCAGUCAAGCCAAGCGAAGACAAGAAGUUUGGCGGCGCAUCGGCUUUGAACUGCUAUCUUCCCAUGCCGUUCAACAAGCGCGCCCGAAUCGAGGUCGAAAACCAGAACGACAUCGCGUACUUUCAGUACUUUUAUAUUGACUACGAUAUCCAACUGCAGCUGCACGGUCCCGAGACGCUGUUCUUUCAUGCCCACUGGCGGCGACAGAAUCCCACAGCGGGUUGGGCCCCCCACGACUUGCAGACCAACUCACUCGAAGCAAACGUCCCCAACUUGGACGGAAAGGCGAAUUAUGUUCUUCUCGAGACCACUGGUGCUGGUGCAUAUAUAGGGUGUAACCACUCUGUGUAUCAUUUCCAAGGCACAUGGUGGGGUGAAGGCGAUGAUAUGAUCUUCAUCGACGAUGACACAUGGCCGCCCUCCAUGCACGGAACAGGUAGCGAGGACUACUUCAGCCAAGGCUGGGGGAUGCAGAAAAACGCCUUUCCGUUCGCGGGUAGCAUCAUUCAUGAGGGCGAGAUGCCUCAUUACCAGGUCUCAUAUCGCUGGCACCUUCCUGACCCCGUCCGCUUCAACACCAGAAUCAAGGUCACCAUGGAAUCAGGUCAUGCCAAUCACUUGAGCGAUGACUGGAGCUCGACAGCAUACUGGUAUCAAACCCUCCCGGGCCCCAAGCUGGAAAUAGCUCCAGUCGCCGAGCGUCUGCCUCCAAGGGCCGAAGUAUCGCCACCAAAACAGCCCGAGGGACCUGAGCUUACGGAAAGACAAAUGGAAAUGAUCAAGCAGAGACAGCAGAGGCUAGAUGAGUUUAUUGCGGAUAAGACGAAGUGGCUCGAACGCCGGGCGCUGGACAGCAGGAAGCGAGCUGCUCAGAACAAGGAAUGGGCUGCGGAUGUUCGUCGCCGGUACAAAGACUCUGUCACGAAGGGAGAGGAGCGAUAG